AUGACUGUAGAGUUACUGCACCUCUAUACUCAGAAGCACCGCAUUUCUCCUGAGAAGCACAUUUUUAUACGGCUCACUCUGGCAAGCAUUCCGACACUUGUCCUACGAACAGUCUAUGGGCUUCUUUGCGCUUUCACCGUUGAUAACAUGACGACCAUCUGGAAUUCACUAGUUGGAUCUGCUGUGGCGUUUGCUCUUAUGUGCCUGCUUACUGAGUACAUCACCCUUUUGAUGUUCCUUUUCCUCGGGAUUCGCCAUUGGCGAGAUGUGUGCACUGAGAGCUUGGGAAGUAUUGAAAUGAAACCUCAAAACAGGUGA